GGCUUGCAUGAGGACGCUCCAAAAGUAGCCUUCUCCGACCUGAUGCGCAUGCGGCAGCCUUCGGCCUCGCCUCUGCAAGGCUUUUAUAAUAUGCACGCGACCCUGGCCAGCGCAUUCGAUAUCACAUCAUUGUCGAGUCGCCGGAGUGAGCACUUCCUUCCUACACCUGCCAGUACAAGCGUCGCAGCGUCGGAG